UUUGCCACCAUCUUAGGAUAGUGAGCUUAUCGCUAACUGCGUCGCUAAUUCAAAACUUAUGUAGUUAUACAUUUUCCAUAGCACGCCAGCUUUGACAACUCGAGCUUGGCGCUAAGCUUGUAUAAGAGGUUUCUCGACCGUGCAAGCAAAUGAAGAUUCUCUGGCCUUCUAUAUAUGGUCUGAGCAAAUACUUCCCUCUACAUAUAUCUUACUGCGUGUCAAGACGGGUCGUAUCUCUUGAGAGAAAUGGAUGAGAAGGCGAAGAAGACAUGUUCAAAAGAUUCGUUCAAGCAGCGUUUUAAAUCACCACGCAAGACAACAUCGCACUCUCGGCGAAUGAGUGCGAAUCAAAAAGAACGACGCCGGACUCAGAAUAUUAACACUGCAUUUGCAGAGUUGCGCCGAUGCAUACCAAAUGUCCCUCAGGAUACGAAGCUGUCGAAAAUCAGAACGUUGCGUUUGGCUACAAGUUACAUUAGCUAUCUUCAGGAAGUACUCGAAUCCGAAACGACACAUAGAGAAACAGCAUCACCGUCCUUGUCGAGGAGUGAAAGAAUGACAGAUAUCCACUCAACCGGACGUUACAAGGCCGCUAUUAUUGCAGUAAAGGACGAAGAUUGGGAGGAAAGACGCGAUCUUGGAUCUUGGCCUCACUAUUAUUCUUGGAAGUAUAAUCAAGAAGACAGUUCUUCGCAGUCGUAGCAAUGCUUUAAUUGGUUUUCCUUCAAUCCGAUGAAGAAGUAUCAUUCAGUGGUAACAUGAUAUAUAUCACACAAAAUGCACGAGAGUACAACGUGAUUUCAAAUCGUCUUCGAUUAUUGCUUAUGUUAGGUUCAUAGGUGAUUUUCGCUGUUGAUGGAGUGAUUGAUUUGGAAUAAUCUUACUUAUUUGCCUGACGAGCUCAUGAUGGUGCAAGUAUUUAUUGUGAUUUUAAUGUUCCAGCCGGGGAUUUGUAAUCCUUUGUGAACAUAAUGUGUAAAAGUGUUAAUUGUUUGUACUAUAUAAAGACAUGUAAUAUAUGUGUUUCAAGCCACUUGCUAUUGGCUAUGAAUAUAAACAAGUGUACAUACAUCAUGGUAAAAGUCGUUUAAAGCUUUUUUAACAGACAAUUUUAUUGAUUGACAUGCCCCUGAGAAAUGUAAAAAAACGGCGUCAUUUAAUCAUUUGAGGGUUGCUUGGCGCCGCAUGUUGAUAUACUAUAAACACAAAAAAGCA